UACCACCGUUUUUCUCUAACUGCGCACAGUAGCUGCUUCCAUGAAAUGCCUGGAGGUUUCCGCUAAACACAAUAGCUUUUCCCGGGGUGAAAGUUGAGGAAAGACGGAAAAACGUCGCUCCGUGGCUCCGCCACGUAUGAAACUCACUUCCUGUUCAGGACACGGCUGGAAGCUGCAGCGGAGGAGAGGGACACACGUGAAUUCAUUAACGAUCUGCCAUGCUGCCCAGGAUUCUUGUCUAUAUACUCAUUCCUUGGCCAGUUCUUCUGGUGCAGGGCAGCACGGCCGAUUCAUCCAAGAAGAGCCCUGCCGCCCCAACCAGACCUCCAUCCCGCCCGCCUCCUCCUCUGGGCGACCCCAGCUGGGCUCUUGGUCUGCACCUGUACCGGGCCCUCCGCUCUGACUCGAUCUCUGUAAACACGCUCUUCUCCCCUCUGCUUGUGGCCUCCUCACUUGGAGCGCUGGACGGAGGUUCAGCGGGUACCACUUCCAGCCAGCUCCAAAACCUCCUCAAGACCCCAUCCCCCUCCAAGGCUGGAGCCCACGCCGGGGAUCUUCUGUCCAAGGCGUUAAAGAUCUUCACUGCAGCCAAUGGUACCAGCUUUCACCUGCACACAUCCUCAGCCCUGUUUUCCAAGCAAGCUCCUCCAGUCAGCCAGGCAUUUGUGAAGGAGAGCCAGGCUAGGUUCAGGCUGCUGUAUCAGCCACUGGGAAAAGGAGACUCCAAGGCUGACCUGAAGCAGCUCCAUGGUUGGGCCAAGGCUGGGCUUGGGGGGCUGGAGGGAGCUCGUUUAGCAGCUGACAUCCAGGUUAAGGCUGGAGCUCUGAUACUGGCCAAUGCCCUGCGCUUUAAAGGCCUGUGGGAGAGAGAGUUCAGCGAGGGGAGCACAGAUCAUCGUACCUUCUUGGGGAAGGAAUACACCAAAGUGGUGAUGAUGCACAGAGCAGGUUUGUACCGUCUCCAUGAAGACAUAGAAAACAUGGUGCAGGUUCUGGAGGUGCCUCUAUGUGGGGGCAAGGCCAGCGUCGUGCUCCUGAUGCCCUUUCACGUGGAGAGUCUGGCGAGGUUGGAGAAGCUUCUGACUCCUGAGCUGCUGUCCAAGUGGCUGGAGAAGACCAAUAUCACCAGUGUGUCCAUCUCACUGCCCAAGACAAACAUCACCAGCACACUCAGUCUGCAGAAGCAGUUGACUGCUCUUGGCUUGACCGAUGCCUGGGACCAGAAGGUGGCGGAUUUCUCGCGGGUCUCAGACAAGGGCAAGGGGAAACUCCACCUGGGUGGAGUCCUCCAUUGGGCUUGCCUUGAGCUGGCUGCUCAAGCUGGGAAAGGAGAUGCGGAUUUAGAGGAGGAGAACGUAGAAAAGCCCAAACUGUUCUACGCUGAUCACCCCUUCAUCAUCUUUGUCAGAGACAACACUACUGGAGCCCUGCUGCUCAUGGGAGCUCUGGACCAUGCAGAGGGAGAGGCCCUCCAUGAUGAACUGUAAUACCCACCAACAUACAGUAUAUCCCCUUGUCCUGUCUUCUUUUUUGGCUCUGUGUCUUACAAGCUCCCCCUCAAAGACAACCCACUGGUUUCUAAGUCGAGACAUUGCCAUUCACUGUGGCACCCUAUCACAUCAGACUACUGCCUGCUGUCAUACAUUGACAUACACUGACAUACCUGACACACCACACACAGAUUCUUUCAUUCAAGGCGUCAAUGAUUAAAUCAACCCAAACCAAAAUAACAGAAAAGAAUGCAAUGAUAUACCCUAACAUGCUGAUGAGCAGAAGUGGCUACACUCACUUAACACUUAAAGCAGCAUCUACAAAGAAGGUUAAACAGUAGAGGCUUACAGUGACACUGGAAUCCUCCCUGUCAGCCAAACACCACAGCCUAUGAGUGAGUGAGUGAGUGAGUGAGCGAGAGAGAGAGAGAGAGCGGUGACUGAUAGAUCAAGGGUGCCCAUGCUGCCGCUCCCAAAGCUGACAGGGACCUACGGUGGGGUCCCCUGGGCUACAUCAGAGGAAGACUGAUGGAUCAGCCAAGUGCUUAUUGAUGAGCCAGCUUAAUGUUAAUGGCUGUAAUGACUCACAACGCUUGUCAACAACACGCAGAGGACGGGGAACCUUUUAAUCUCUUAAUACCAGCAGGGAUCAAUGACAGCGCCAUGCCGCUGGAAACAAACACGACUGACAUCGCUUGACUUAAAUGUAACAAUUUUAUAUUCAGGAUGAUUACAGCCAUUUAAAGAGGUAUUGAUUUAUCAUUUGUAUAUUUAGUUUUUUUUAAAGCACCAGAGGAAAUGGUUGUGAUAUGAAUGAACCGCAGUAGCUACUGUGGUGUGUGUGUGUGUGUGUGUGUGUAAAGUGUAUUUUUGGUAUUUGAUGAGGUGCAUUUUUUAAAUAAAUAUUUCAACUUGAUAGAAAUCAAUCAAUCAUCAAAAAAUGUACUAUUAAUAUAUAGUUUGCGUGGACUGCCACAGCUCCAUCUUUCUUGACAGCACUUUUUCUUUUCUUUUUUUACUUUUACCCUGAAGCGAAUUGGCUGACUUUGAGCCUCAAGGGUACACGGUUGAGAUUUAAAUCCCUGAACCAGCAUUGGUUAAGGAAUUUUGAGGGGCAGCGCAUAAUAGACUCACAGUGCCUACCUUAGAAAGUGCACCAAC